UAAACAUGACUCCUAGAAACAAAAUACGAAGUUCUUUCCAAAAGCAUAGCUUUAGCGUGUAAACAAAAGCUUCUAAUAAGCGACUACAUACGUUCUCUUCUUUCUUUUGCCUUGGUUGGCAGGAUCAGGGCCUUUCUCGCUGGGCGAGCGCAUCCGAUUCGAACUUUCCUAACAAACUUCCCGUUCAGUUGCUGAAAGAUAAAGAUAAGCUUUCGUAAUGAGAAAGAGUUCCACGAAGAUGCAGGCUAGAAAGAUGCUAUUUGCUGCUAUUCUAUCUAUUUGUGCAUCAAGUUCGAAGAAUAUCUCAAUCUAUAAUGAAGAAAUGAUAGUAGCUCGUUGUUUUAUAGGCUUUAUCAUAUUCAGUCGGAAGAGUUUAGGUAAGACUUUCAAAGUGACUCUCGACGAGAGAAUCCAGGCUAUUCAGGAAGAAUCGCAGCAAUUCCCCAAUCCUAACGAAGUAGUUCCUCCGGAAUCCAAUGAACAACAACGAUUACUUAGGGUCAGCUUGAAAAUUUGUGGAACCGUAGUAGAAUCAUUACCAAUGGCACGCUGUGCGCCUAAGUGCGAAAAAACAGUGCAAGCUUUGUUAUGUCGAAACCUAAAUGUUAAGUCAGCAACACUUCCAAAUGCCACUUCUUCCCGUCGCACCCGUCUUCAGGACGAUCUAGUCACAGGGUUUCACUUCUCAGUGAGUGAAAGAUUUGUCCCCGGGUCUACGCUGAAAGCUUCUAUAGUAGAACUCAUUCGAGAAGGCUUGUCGGUCUUAAGAAUGGUUCGGGUAGGAGGUUCUCUUAAGAAUAAAGAAGACAAAUAGAAUCUAAUUCAUGUUCAUGCUAACAGAAGAGCGGAUCCAAUACCAAGACGACUUCUUUCUCAGGAAGUGGAGCAAUUUCGAAAUAUUGGAAUAUCAUGCCCCACGGAAAAUAGACUUACCGACAAGAGAGAACGAGACUGACCCACCUAAGAUAGAGAAAGCAAGAGUGAGUUCGGAUUGGAUAAUGUUUUUGGGAUAACUUAAAAGUACAUUGAAAAAGGAUUUAGGAGGAAGAGUUCCGGUCCGGCGAUGACUACAAUACAAUCGAGCGGGAUCCGAAGAUCAAUCGAAUUGAAUUGCCCACCGAAAAGAAGGUAUGGUUGUGCCUGAAGAAGGGCAGUCAGAAGAGGAGAAAUCAGCCUGAGUUCAAUUAGUCCCAGCCUUAUCAGUACAAGUAGCCGGAGGAGUGUAACGCGGGAAGAGAGGUUGUUAAGGAAGAGCAGUCCCAGCACGACAAGCACAAUAAAGAAGAUCCGACAUAUAUGACCAAUCAAACUCGCUGGGGCAUAAUCACUAACGAAAUGGAGAGAGAUGUCUUUGAAACAAGCUGCGUUGAUUAUGGAUCACCUUCCACUUCUAUCAUCGGGACAGACGCUAGCCUGAUGAACGAAAAGAUGCGCGAGCUCUCUCUGAUGGACAUGAAAGUGGAGGGUAAGAGGGGAGAUUUGAAACAAGAUGAGAAUAGAUCUCGGUCAGGACGAGAGCAGUCGCUCAUGCGAAUCUGAGAGCGGAUACAUGACUUUGACCUUACUUUUUUUUGGCAGGGUGUCGAAGUCCUAUUAGGAGACAGUCGGGGGCAGAAAAAGGCCAGGUUCUGAAAGAUAAGAGGUUUACACAAAUUCGAUGAGAUAACUACCCCGGGAAGGGACUCUUUAAUAUGCUUAAUGCCUGCUGCUCUGAAAAGGUCAAUCAAUAAUGAAGGUAAUGGCCCAUGAUCCAACUAAGUUUUUUUUGAAGACCCCCAUUGAGUAACAAAGGAGUCCAAAUCAUGGAGUGCCUAUCCCAUAAAAUAGCUAAAGAACAGAGGUGAUCAGCUCGACCUAUGUACCCAAAGGACGGUACAUAGGGAGAGUCUAAUCCAGUUACCCCAGGAAGCGCGCAGAAGCUCUCUCCCGGCAAUGAAAAAAAAAGCACACAAACCGAAAGCUUCUAAUAAGCGACUUCAUACCAAGUAGCGAGUGAACAAAAGCUUCUAAUAAGCGACGUAGUACCAAAAGCUCAUCGAGCUUUAGGGAGUCAACUACCAAAAGCUUCGCUUUAGCGACUUCAUACCCUAUGGCUUUAUGAUUAUAAGGAAAUUAGAAGCCCAUAAUAUGUAAAUAAGAUCAAGGGUUUCACACGAGGAUGGUCACCCGAGAUGAAGAAUUCUUUUUUCUUAAAUAUAAAAAACUCAAUCAGACUGGAGUUUGGGUUCACGAUCGAAACUGGCGAGGCCGGCACAUCGACAUCGGGAGAAAGAGUCAUAAAAGAAGAAAAAAUAGAAUUCAAAUCUAGAAAGAAGGUAAAUAAGAUAGUCUCCCUUUCCCAUCCAGGGACAGUAGGUAAGGGGCCUUCCUGUUGGGUGGAUGAGUUAAGAGCUAAGGGCUUGAAUCGAUAGCGGAAACUUUUCAUUCAGUUUAAAUAGAAAUAUAACUUAGAAGUAACCUCGAUUACCAUCGAACCUUCUCUGGGAGCCCUAAAGCUAAG